AUGAGUGAGCUCUCCGGUGACGGCCAGGAGGUCAACAUACCUCCAGACAUACAACUUAAGCUGGAUUUGUCACUGAAUCAUGGCUCACAGAUCACCAAACACAUACUGGAGGCGGCAGAUGGUUCGUCAACUGCAUCGUCUACAGACUCAUUGAAUAUGCUCAUGGAGAAACAGCGACAACGGCAACUAAAUCACCCUAUGCAUCAAGACCACAUUUCAACGCCUGUAAGCUUUUCACAACCAAAGGUCAAAGAAACCACGAAAAUAUCGUUGGAGUAUGAUCCUAUCUCAAAACGAAAAGUCCUUAACACUUACGAAAUCAUCGGCGAAUUAGGACAUGGUCAGCACGGCAAAGUGAAGCUGGCUAAAGACUUGGUCACCAAGCAACUGGUUGCCAUAAAGAUAGUUGAUAGGAACGGAGGUAAAAGUGAUCGAUUUAGCUUCAAGAAGGAGGCUUCUGGCGAUGACAAGAUUAAACGAGAAGUGGCAAUCAUGAAAAAAUGCCAUCACAAACAUGUAGUGAAGCUGAUAGAAGUUCUUGAUGAUUCCACAUCUCGCAAAAUCUACUUGGUCCUCGAAUACUGUGCUAGGGGAGAAGUUAAGUGGUGUCCUGGAGACCAGCUGGAAACUGAAGCCAGUGGUCCUCCUCUGCUAUCAUUUCAGCGAGCGCGGGAAAUCUUUAGAGGAGUAAUACUGGGAUUAGAAUAUUUGCAUUAUCAAGGAAUUAUACAUCGAGAUAUUAAACCUGCCAAUUUGUUGAUUUCCGAAUCAGGAACAGUCAAGAUAUCUGAUUUUGGAGUAUCCUUUGCUGCCAGCAAUGAAGGUGAGGGUGAUGAAACGUUAGACGAGUUGGAGCUUGCCAAAACGGCAGGGACUCCUGCAUUUUUUGCCCCUGAGAUCUGUCUUGGGCAUGAAGCAUCUGAGAGGUUUUGCAGCGGUGACAAAUUCAAGCACAAAGGCUCGAUAAUAUCAAAUAAGAUUGAUAUCUGGGCUAUUGGUGUAACAUUGCAUUGCCUUCUAUUUGGUAUGCUGCCAUUUCGCUCAGAAUUUGAAUUGAAGUUGUUCGAUAAAAUUAUCAGCGAUGACUUAACAAUCAAACCCUACGAGCACAUGGUCAAUAACGGAGUUUCUGCCAUUUCUUCGGAAACAGAAUAUGAUGCAGCGAAGAAUCUGCUAGAUAAGCUGUUGACAAAAAAUCCUUUCAAAAGAAUUGGCAUAAAGGAGAUCAAGACACAUCCGUUUGUUUGCUGGGAUUAUGAUCACGAUGUGCGGAAAGGAGGAGACACUGGUUCACAUAAGCUGAGAGAUAAAAUGAAUUUUCAACGUUCUCAAGACGAAGAUUACCAGCAAAUUUCAAUUUCUACCCAUGAGUUAGACAAUGCAGUUUGUGGUAUAGGAAACAAGCUCAAACGCUCCAUGUUGAAUUCGUUUGGUCUUUCAAGAAAUUCCCCAGCUGCCGUCUCGCAAACACUGAGCGGGAAUGAAAAAGAUACUAAUGACACUAAUGAUUUUCACGAACAAACUAAUGACUACAUUGAUAACUUAAAUGGAUUAUCCAAACUCCACAUCAAGACAAACGAUAGCGCUCAAGCCAGUAAUGGAAAUCUCAUUUUAAGUGAAGGCCCGAUGCUAAGUCGCCGGGACAGUCCUGGUGAACUGAGCGCAAGAGAAAUCUUUCAACAAGAGUUACAAAAAUUCGACAGCAAGAGGGAUCCUAGUACCAUUGUCUCCUUACCAGUAAACUCCUCUUUUGCUUCGUUGGACAGUUUUUACAUGGACACUUAUGCCGCGAACCAACCGUUAGCUGAUACCAAACCGGUUACUACCCCACCUUUGUCUUCCGAGAAAUCAAACGUAGUAUUUGCUAGGCCUCCGCCUGCAUUAAAAAAUUCAAAGAGUUCUCAAGAUCGCAAGGCAUCCUACAGCUCUAAUACUUAUCUCGGUGCUAGAAGUCCACGAGUUCAAGCGGGGUAUCGUGUUUCCCCUGCAAUGCCUUCUGUGGGUGAAAGAAAUGGUUGGAGGUCUCAACAAACAAGCCACUUUGGGGGAAACCGGUCUAUUCAAGACAGCGGCGUGGAAAACUCUCGCUUUAGACACGUAGCACGGGACUCAACGACCAUACCGACUACUCUGCCACAUCCAUCACAUCUCAGAAACAAGCCUCUGUCCGUGACACAUGAACAGAGUGAUUUGAAUGACGAUCAGUACUUGCCAAAGCACACAAUGGCUAUGGAUGGCAAAAGGGCGAACUUUUUUCCAAGCUACGAUGGAAGUGAUGAAGAGGACAGUCAAUCAACAACGACCAGCGGAGCUUCGGCAUCGCAAAAUGACUACUCUGAUGAGUACCGCUCCGAGACUGAAUCUCUUCCCUUUGAAUUUGGUAUAGACUCCGAACACGGCAGUACUGUCUCUCUUAGAGACCUGCCCUCAAAUAAUAUGACUUUCACACCAUUGACAGGUAGGCUUAUCAGAGAAGCUUUCGAAAACCAAGAGCGAGUUGGCGAAGAUAAUGAAUUGACAUUAAAUGUUGGGAACGCUGGGCAUACCCGUCGCCAGGGCUCAAUCUCAAGUUCGUCUAGUUCUCAAAGAUACCGCCGUUCCAGGCAAACUUCCCACACUCAAUCGCAGUUACAAGGUCCUUCUUUUAGAACCGAGAUUUUUGAACCCUCUCCGACAUUUAAUCAAGCAUCAGCAGGCAGCGUCUCAACACUUACCAAUGGUAACAAUGAUGCCUAUUUUAACACGAUGGUGAACAUGAACCCCGGCACUGCAGAGAUUGCACCAGAUGCAGAAGGAUUUAUUUUAGGGGACACUGCAGAUGGAAGUGUUGAUGUGCCUUUUGAUGUUCUAAACAUGAUUCCUGAGCUCAACACUGCUCCGCCAAUUUCAACAUCCGACUCCCCAAACAGCAUCGGCUUGGAAGUCAAUGCCGGAUCACCCGAUCUCUCUCACCCUAAUCGAAUGGCGCAAAAGCCCUUGCUCCUCCCUAAUAAUGUGGGUCCAGCAUCGACCCAGGAGGUAAGUGUCAAUCCAAUUUUAAAUACACACCUCAAGAGAGAUCACAAUCGUGUGACGUCAAAGGAUUUGCUUCAAAGCGUUUUAACAUCAGCAGGUUCGAGUAGAAGACCUUCCGUAUCUCCAAUGGCGCGCAACCUUCCUAAACCAGGAAACGAAAGCUAUGUCAAUCAUUAUGAAGGAAAGCGCGAGACGAAGUACUCCUCAAAGUCUCAAACCAGAAGAAAUCGGGAAAUGAGCAGAGAUCUUAAGGGGCGUUAUAGGUCGAAAUCAGUCAGCGUGGGGCUAUUGGACGAACGCAGGCCAACUGAACAAUCAAGCUAA